GGGGGUGGGGGGGGGGGGGGGGAAAGGCGGUCAGCCCUGAGCCCGCCCGACCGGUGUGGAGAGAGGGAAAGAAGGGAAGGGAAGGAGGGAGGCGGCUUCCCCAGGCCCUUGCCCGCCGCCGGCCCGUCGCCCUGUCCCGCUCUGCCGCGGAGAAUUAUGGAUCCAAGCUUAUUGAGGGAGCGAGAGCUAUUCAAAAAGCGUGCCCUCUCCACACCAGCAGUAGAAAAACGUCCAGCGCCAUCUUCUGACUCCUCUUCUUCAAAAAAGAAGAAAGCAAAGGUAGAACAAGGUGGCUCGUCAAGCUCCAAACAAAAUGCAGAUCACAGUAAUGGGUCAUUUAACUUGAAAGCCCUUUCAGGAGGCUCUGGCUACAAGUUUGGAGUCCUUGCUAAAAUAGUGAAUUAUAUGAAGACUCGGCACCAGCGUGGUGAUACACAUCCAUUAACCCUAGAAGAGAUUUUGGAUGAGACACAGCAUUUAGAUAUUGGACUCAAACAGAAACAAUGGUUGAUGAGCGAGGCUCUAGUCAACAAUCCGAAAAUAGAAGUUGUAGAUGGGAAGUAUGCUUUCAAACCCAAGUACAACUUGAAAGAUAAGAAGGCUCUGCUCAGGCUAUUGGACAAGCAUGACCAGCGAGGGCUGGGAGGAAUCCUUUUAGAAGAUAUUGAGGAAGGGCUACCCAAUGCACAGAAAGCUAUAAAGGCUUUAGGGGACCAGAUCAUCUUUGUUAAUCGCCCUGAUAAGAAGAAAAUUCUUUUCUACAAUGACAAGAGCUGUCAGUUUACUGUGGAUGAAGAAUUUCAGAAGCUGUGGAGGAGCAUUCCCGUGGAUUCUAUGGAUGAGGAGAAAAUUGAAGAGUAUCUGAAACGACAGGGUAUUUCUUCCAUGCAAGAAACUGGACCAAAGAAAAUAGCUCCUAUUCAGAGGAGGAAGAAACCCGCUUCUCAGAAGAAACGUCGAUUUAAGACUCACAAUGACCACUUGGCUGGAGUAUUAAAAGAUUACUCUGAUGUCGUUCCUGGCAAACAGUGACCGGUUGAAUUCUGGAGCAAACAUGCAUUUUUAUAAGGCUUUUUGCCACUCGGGCUCAGUGUCUGCUCGCAGAAAGACUGACUGUAUAUAGUAAAUGUGAUAUGUUUCCCCCAUCCCAGCAACUGCCGAGAUGAAACAGGUCAGUUUAAGAGCAAAUAUGAACUACUAAAUUUAGAGUUUGAUUUAAUUAGCUAAUGGGAAAUGUGUCUUUAAGUAAGAGGUUCUCACUAGUUGCCUCUUGGCAUAGAGUGAUAAAUGGUGCUCAGCAUGUAAUGCAGGAGUUCCUGUUCAGUGCUUAACUCUGCUUUUACAUUGCUUAAUGGGUAUUUACCCCAACUUACUUGCAAGGGGCUUUCUAGUAGAAUUCAAUACAGUAUUUGUUUUACCUGUUUCGGGGAAAACCUUUUCCUAAAAUCACUGCAGGCAAGUUUCUUUCACAGUCAAAUACACCCUCGGUUUGUAUGCGUCUUCCUUGCCAUGGGACUGAGCUUUACUGAACUCGGUGAUAUCUGAGGCUCAAAUUCGGAAAAAACGCUCUCCCGAACUCCCAGCAGGCUGCAGGAUGGCAAUGCAGCUGUAGCUUCCUAAUGCUAAUCAGAAAUUGCCCUCGGCGAUUUCUCCUCACUGUAGUGGAUGCACGUGUGUUGCACAGUUCUACUUUAUGGACCGGAGGGAAAUAAAAUGACAGUGUAAUACUGAAGCAAUUUUUUUUUUUAAAGUAAUAAACUUAAAAUGCUGGUUUCCA